AUGAGUAGAAGAACCGGUAUUCAAUUGGGAGCUCGACGUAAAGCCGAACCACAAACAACACCUAAACCAGAAGACAAACAACCAGAUGUAAUGCCUCCACCCCCCUCUGGAGAAGCACCUGUUCCAGAACAUAGAGAACGAAAAGCAUCAUUUCUUACUCGACCAAAAAAGGGAGUAAAUACAAAUGACUCAGAACAACAAGACCCACCCACACAACAACCAGUUGAGAAAGUACAACAAAGAAAAGGAUUCCUUUCAAGAAGAAGUGAAACACAAAGUCAAACAAAUGAACUUGUCUCAACUCCACCUCAUGAAAAGUCAGGUGAUGAAGCAAAGAAUGAACAAAAACAAAGCUCUUCUCAAACAAGCGAAUCUACAGAAAAAGAGACUCAUAAAAAAAGACUUAGUUUCUUGGGAAGAAAAAGUUUUAGUAAAAGAAAUUCUACUGAAAAUACUGGACAUAGCUCUUCUGAACAUUCUGCUACAUCAAGUCUAGCAUCUGAAACUACUGCAGAAGAAGUUAAUAGAUCAGUUAAUGCACAAAUUGAAGAGGAAAACAAAAGGUUACAAAACGAGAAUGAAGAAUUAAAAAAGAAAUGCGAUGCACAAGACUCAUUACUUAAAACAAAAAUGAAAAGUGAAAUGGAAGCUAAAAAGAAAGUUGAGAUAUUAGAAAAUGAAAAGAAAGAUUUGAUUGAUAAGAUGGCUAAUGAAAAUGAUGGAAUGAGUAAAUUAAAUGAGGAAUUAACUCAAAUUAAAAAUGAAAAAGAAAGCAUUAAUAAUGAACUAAUUCAAACUAAACAAGAAAAAGAAAGUAUCAAUAAUGAAUUAACUCAACUUAAAACUGAUAAUGACCAAAAAGAGAAUGAAUUGAAUCAGGUUAGACAUGAAAAAGAUGAGGUAAUUGAAAAAUUUAACACUAGCAAAGAAGAAAAUGAAAAGAUUAUGAAUGAGCUUAGUCAACUCAAGCAGGAAAAAGAAGAAAAAGAGAAUGAAUUAAAGGAACAAGUUAAGAAAAUGGAAGAAGAAAAAUCAAAGUUAAUAACAGAAUUAUCAAAUGGAAGUGAUGGUAUUUCUAAAUUAAAUGAAGAAUUAACACAAACUAAACAAGAAAAAGAAGAAAUAAACAAUGAACUAAAUUCAAUUAAAGAAGAGAAAAAGAGAAUUGAAGAAGAGAAAAAUCAAAUUAUAAAUGAAAAUAAAGAAAUUAAAGAAGAAAAAGAAAAAAUUGAAGAAGAGAAAAAAGAAUUACUCAAAGAAAUUGAAAAAGAAAAAGAAGGAAACAAUCAAUUACAGAAUGAAAUUAACACCAUUCAAACACGAAUGAAAGAAAUAGAAGAAAAGAACCAAGAAAUUAUUUGUGAUAACAACAAAGAAAUUGCCAAAUUCAAAGAAGAACAAGAAAAUCUUCAAAAAGAAUUAAAUCAAAUUAAAGAAGAAAAACAAAAAACUGAAAAUGAAAAGAAUGAAUUAGUUGAUGUAAAGACUCAAAAAGAGAAUGAGCUUAAUAAAUUAAAAGAAGAAAAAGAACAAAUAUUUAAUGAAAAGACAACAAUAGAAAAUAGCUUAAAUCAAAUAGUUGAAGAAAAGAAUAAGUUAACAGAAGAAAAAGAAAGUAUAAAACAAGAAUUGGAUAGUAUUAAAGCAGAUAAUUCAACUAAAGAAUUAGAAAUUAAUAAAAUUAAUGAAGAAAAAAAUCAAUUACAAAACGAUUAUGACACAGUCCAACAAGAAAAGGAAAAUAUUCAAAAAGAAUUAAACCAAAUUAAAAUAGAAAAGUCACAAAAAGAAGAAGAAUUAAAUAAAAUAAAAGAAGAAAAACAACAAGUAGAAGAUGAAAAAGCUAAAUUAAUAACAGAUAUUGCUAAUGGUAAUGAUGGACUGACAAAGUUAAAUGAAGUAAUUGAUAAAUUAAAAGAUGAAAAGGAAAAUAUUAGUAAUGAGCUUAAUCAAAUAAAAAAUGAAAGAGAUAAUAUUUCUAAUGAAUUUAAUAAAACAAAAGAAGAAAUAAAACAAAAAGAAAAUGAAACAAUACAAUUAAAUGAAGAAAAAAGUGUUUUAUUAAAUGAAUUAAACCAAAUUAAGGAAGAAAAACAAAAAAUAGAAGAUGAAAAAGCUGUUAUUCAACAGGAAAAAGAAAAUGAAAUAACAAAGUUAAAUGAAGAUAAAACUGUAAUAGAAAAUGAAUUAAAUCAAAUUAAAACUGAAAAACAAGAAAUAGAAAAUGAAUUAAAUCAAACUAAAGAUGAAAAACAAAAGAUAGAAGAUGAAAAAUCAAAGUUAAUAACAGAAUUAUCAAAUGGAAAUGAUGGUAUUUCUAAAUUAAAUGAAGAAUUAACACAAACUAAACAAGAAAAAGAAAACGUUUUAAAUGAACUUAAUCAAAUUAAAAAUGAAUUUGCAUCAUUUAAAGAACAAAAUACUCAAAAAGAAAAUGAACUUAAAGAUGAAAACAAUAAAGUUCAACAGGAACUUGAACAAAAGAAUAACGAAGUAUCAAAAUUAGAAGAAGAAAAAGGAAAUAUUUCCAAUGAGUUAAGUAAUACAAAACAAGAAUUAGAACAAAAGAAGCAAGAAAUAAUCACUAUUACUCAGGAAAAAGAAGAAAAAGAGAAUGAAUUAAAGGAACAAGUUAAGAAAAUAGAAGAAGAAAAAUCAAAGUUAAUAACAGAAUUAUCAAAUGGAAGUGAUGGUAUUUCUAAAUUAAAUGAAGAAUUAACACAAACUAAACAAGAAAAAGAAGAAAUUCAAAAAGCAUUAGAAGAAGAGAAAGAAAAAUUAGAAAGAAUAGAAACCGAACUUAAAGAAAUCAAAGAAGCAAAACAAGAAUUAGAAGAAGAGAAAAAUAAAACUAUUGAAGAAAAAACAAAUCUUCAACAAGAAUUAAAUGAGAACAAGAAAAUUGUUGAAGAAUUAACACAAACUAAACAAGAAAAAGAAGAAAUAAACAAUGAACUAAAUUCAAUUAAAGAAGAGAAAAAGAGAAUUGAAGAAGAGAAAAAUCAAAUUAUAAAUGAAAACAAAGAAAUUAAAGAAGAAAACAUAAAGUCUAUUGAAGAAAAAACACAAGAGAUUAAUUCAUUAACAACAUCAAUAGAAGAAUUAAAGGGCCGUUUAGAAGAGUCAAAAGGAGAACGAAUUGAAAUUGAAAAAGAAAGAGAUAGAGUUAUUUCUGAAUUAAAUGACAUUAAAUUACAAAAUGAAGGGAUGAAAAAACAAGUAGAAGAAGCACAUAAUAGAAUGACUGAAAUGCAGAAGUCUUUUGAAGGGUCUGAAAAUGAAAUGAUUAAUUCAUUGAAUAACCAAAUCACACAGUUAAACGAAAAAGAGAAACAAAUGAAUGAACAGGUUAUGGCAUUACAAACACAAUUAUCCCAAAGUAAUAUUAAUUUAGAAGAAGUUAAAAAAGACCUUAUUGAGUCACAAAAUAAAUACACUCAAAUUAAUGAAGAAAAAGAUUGUGUUGAACAAGAACGAAACAAAAUAAACGAAGAAUAUAAAACAGUUAAUGAAGAACUUGAAAAAAAUAAGAAAGAACUUAAUGACUUACAGACUAAAUAUGAUAAUGAAAUUCUUGAAUUAAAUAAGAAUAAAGAUGAAUUAAAUAGUCUAAUAAACAACUUAAAAGAAGAAAAGACUAACUUAGAAGAACAAGUUAAGAAAAUGGAAGAAGAAAAAUCAAAGUUAAUAACAGAAUUAUCAAAUGGAAGUGAUGGUGUUUCUAAAUUAAAUGAAGAAUUAACACAAACUAAACAAGAAAAAGAAGAAAUAAACAAUGAACUAAAUUCAAUUAAAGAAGAGAAAAAGAGAAUUGAAGAAGAGAAAAAUCAAAUUAUUAAUGAAAAUAAAGAAAUUAAAGAAGAAAAAGAAAAAAUUGAAGAAGAGAAAAAAGAAUUACUCAAAGAAAUUGAAAAAGAAAAAGAAGGAAACAAUCAAUUACAGAAUGAAAUUAACACCAUUCAAACACGAAUGAAAGAAAUAGAAGAAAAGAACCAAGAAAUUAUUUGUGAUAACAACAAAGAAAUUGCCAAAUUCAAAGAAGAACAAGAAAAUCUUCAAAAAGAAUUAAAUCAAAUUAAAGAAGAAAAGUCUAAAUUAAUAACAGAUUUAUCAAAUGGUAAUGAUGGACUAAGUAAAUUGAACGAAGAGAUUGAAACAAUAAAUAAAGAAAAAGAAGGAAUUAGAAAGGAACUUGAAUCAUUAAAAGAAGAAAACAAUAAAAUUCAAGAUGAGUUAGAACAAAAGAAUCAAGAACUUUCAAAAGUUAAAGAAGAAAAAGAAAAAUUAAUACAUGACCUAACAAAUGGUAAUGAUGGAAUUAAUCAAUUAAAUGAAGAUUUAAAUCAAAUCAAAAAUGAUAAAGAAGAGUUAACUGAAAAGAACGUUCAGCUUCAAAAUGAAAUUAAUAAAUUAAAAUCUGAAAAUGAAGAACUUUCAAACAAUCUUUCAUUUGAAAAAGAAGGAUUAAAACAAGUUAAUGAAGAAGUAAAUGCUAUUAAAGAAGAAAGAGAUGAGUUAGUUAAACAAAUUAAAAAAAUAGAAGAGGAAAAAAGAAAAGUAGAAGAAGAAUUAAAUUUCAAUGGAAGCGAAGUUAAUGAACAAAUAGCUCAAAUAAAUAAUGAAAAAGAACAACUUAAUCAAGAAUGUAAUGAAUUAAAACAAAAUUUAAAAGAAUUACAAAGUAAGAUAGAAGAAAUUGAACAAGAAAAAGAAAGUAAUGAAAUUAAAAAGAAAGAAGAAUUACAAGAAUUACAAGAAGAAAUUACUGAAAAAGAUAAUGACAUCAAAAAUCUGAAAGAAGAAAUAGAAAGAAUAGAAAAAGAACUUCAAGAAAAAGAAGAAGAUAUGGAACAAAUGAGUAAUAAUACAGAAGAACUUGAAGAAUUAAAGAAUAAACUUACAGAAACACAACGUUUAUUAGAAGAAGAAAAGAAAGAAAAAGAGUCUAUUUCUAAUGAAUUUGAAGAAACAAAAGAACAAGUUCUUGUUGAAUUACAAAGAGUUAAUAAUGAAAUGAAUAAAAUGAAUGAAAUUAAACAAGAAGAUGAGAAUGAAAAAGAAGAAUUACAAGAACAUAUUAAUAAAUUAAAGAGUCAAAUAGAAAGAGAAAAUGAACAAUUAAAAGAAGUUAGUAAACUUAAAUGGGAAUUAAGUGAAUUAAAAACAGAAAAUGAGAGUAUGAAACAGAUGAUUAUGAAUAAAAAAUCAUUGUUAGACAAUACAGAUGAUUUUAUAUUAAUGAGUUUAGAAUAUUUAUAUUUUGAUUCAGUUUGGGUAACAUUAAAAAUGGAAUUAUUAGACGAAGAAGACUUAGAUGAUUCAAUUGGAGACAGACUAGGAAUUAAUACAUUGAAAUUAUUUAAAAUAUGUUAUAAUUCAACAACGUUCAACAAUUACAGAGAUUGGUUGUUACAAUAUAUAAAAGGAGAAAUUUCAAUUUAA